GUGAUAGUUUCUACACUCGUCGAGGUUAUUUCUUGUCUGGAAUAAUGUAACAGGUCCGCCAACAAGUUGUGUUAAGUGGUUUCGAGAAGACAUAUGGAUUAUCGGCGUUUAUUCUGAAAUGCACGAAAUUUUCCAAAUUCGAAAUGAUACUGAAGAGUAUAAUCAGUUGCUUCAUAUGCCUGACAAUUCUGUUUGCUGAAGCCAAGCCGCCGAAACCUACAAUUCUAGUGACUGGUGGAGGAGGUUAUAUAGGAUCCCACACAAUAGUAGAGUUAUUAAACGACAGUUACUCAAUCGUGGUGCUGGAUAAUCUUUCUAAUUGCUACGCCUUCAACGCCACAGAAAAACCCGAAUCUCUCAAAAGAGUUGAGAAACUCACUAACAAGAAUGUGGUAUUUAAUAACAUCGACAUUAGAGACGAGAAAUCACUUGACAAAGUAUUCAAAACCUAUAAGAUCGGUGCCGUGAUCCAUUUCGCAGCCUUGAAAUCUGUAUCUGAAUCAACGAGGAAACCUGUGGAAUAUUAUGACAAUAAUGUGGCUGGAACCAACACUUUGAUUCAAGCAAUGCAGAACAACAAAGUGAAGAAGUUGAUAUACUCUUCGUCAGCAACAGUUUAUGGAAAUCCACAGUACCUCCCACUGACUGAAAAUCAUCCUACGGGACAAAAUAUAACAAACCCUUAUGGAAGAUCUAAAUAUUUCACUGAAGAAAUCCUGAAGGAUCUCUCGUAUGCUGAUUCUCAAUGGAAGAUAAUUCUUCUGAGAUACUUCAAUCCAGUUGGCGCUCAUCCAAGUGGACUUAUUGGAGAAGAUCCAACUGGCAUCCCUAAUAAUUUGAUGCCCUAUCUUUCACAGGUUGCAAUAGGAAGAAGAGACCACCUCAAAAUAUUCGGUUCAGAUUAUCCAACUCCAGAUGGCACUGGCGUGCGUGAUUUCAUCCAUAUAAUAGACCUGGCAAGUGGUCACUUAAGAGCCUUGAAGAAACUGAUGGAUCCUGAAUUCAGAGGAUGUAAAGCGUAUAAUUUGGGAACGGGCAAAGGAUAUUCUGUGUUAGAUUUGGUGAAGACUUUUGAGAAGGUCUCUGGAAGAAGGAUCAAUUAUCAGAUAACAGAUAGGAGGAGGGGAGACUUAGCUACAGUAUAUGCGGAUCCGAACUUGGCAGAAAAAGAGCUCAAAUGGAGGGCUGAACGGUAUAUUGAACAGAUGUGUGAAGAUACUUGGAGGUGGCAAAUGCAAAAUCCGAAUGGUUAUCACACAGACGAAGAAGAAUCGAAUUGAACUUUGUUUUUCAAUUCUACGAGGAUUUUAUUGAAGUUCGCUCUCUUCAGCGAAUUUUUUCAUAACUGCUACUUUCUGGUGAAGAUGAUGACUGUUGAAACUUUGGGUUGAGUUGAAGUGUCUCUCAUAAAUUAACUAAAAUCCCAGAAAAGUUUUGGAUCACUUACAUUAAUAACUGUUUCUUAGGAUGUAACUUUCAUAAAAAAAAAACUAAACUCUUCAUAAAUG